ACAACUCGUCCAGCCGGCAGCCUGCACUUUCAGCUCAUUUUCUCUCUGUCAUUCCCCUCUCAAUCUUUGAUCAAUGUACUUGCCAGGGAGAACCCAAGUCCCUCGACCCUCCUCCUUUUCACCUUCAUCCUUAACUUUGUGCUAGAGCGGGACCCACGUACCACCAGCCGACCCUCCCCGCCCCCCCGGCCCCCCUCCAGAGCAGCCCGCGAUCCCAGCCCCGGGAGAGGACUCGCAUUUCGACUUGCGGGACACUUUUGUGCGUUUCUCUCUCGAGCGCCUCUCGCGCUCGCCCCUCCUGCGCUCGCUCGCUCGCUCGCUCUUUCUUACCCUCACCUCCUCUUCUCCCCUUCUCCUUCUCUCUCUCCAGCCCGGGUUCCUUCCUAGAGUGGUUGUUGUCGCUACCCCCCUCGGUCCUCGUCCCUCUUUCUCCCCCUUCCCCUCUGGGGGGUGUGUGGCAACUUUUCCCCCUCGCUUCUCCUCCUUCUGUUUCCCCUUAUAUGUGACCAUGGCAGUGCCGGCGGCUUUGAUCCCUCCGACCCAGCUGGUCCCCCCUCAACCCCCGAUCUCUACGUCUGCCUCCUCCUCUGGUACCACCACCUCCACCUCCUCGGCGACCUCGUCUCCGGCUCCGUCCAUCGGACCCCCGGCGUCGUCUGGGCCAACUCUGUUCCGGCCGGAGCCCAUCUCCUCUUCUGCUUCUUCUUCGGCGGCGGCCACCGUCACCUCUCCCGGUGGCGGCGGUGGCGGCAGCGGAGGCGGCGGUGGCAGCGGCGGCAACGGAGGCGGCGGCGGGAGCAACUGCAACCCCAGCCUGGCGGCCGGGAGCGGCGGCGGCAUUAGCGCUGGCGGCGGCGGCGCCUCCAGCACCCCCAUCACCGCGAACACCGGCGGCGGCGGCGGCGGCGGCGGCGGCAGCAGCAGCAGCAGCAGUAGCAGCAGUAGCAGCAGUAGCAGCAGCAGCAGUAGCAGCAGCAGCUGCGGCCCCCUCCCCGGGAAACCUGUGUACUCAACCCCGUCCCCAGUGGAAAACACCCCCCAGAAUAAUGAGUGCAAAAUGGUGGAUCUGAGGGGGGCCAAAGUGGCUUCCUUCACGGUGGAGGGCUGCGAGCUCAUCUGCUUGCCCCAGGCUUUCGACCUGUUUCUGAAGCACUUGGUGGGGGGCUUGCACACCGUCUACACCAAGCUGAAGCGGUUGGAGAUCACGCCGGUGGUGUGCAAUGUGGAACAGGUUCGCAUCCUGAGGGGACUGGGGGCCAUCCAGCCCGGAGUGAAUCGCUGCAAACUCAUCUCCAGGAAGGACUUCGAGACCCUCUACAAUGACUGCACCAAUGCCAGUUCCAGACCUGGAAGGCCUCCUAAGAGGACUCAAAGUGUCACCUCCCCAGAGAACUCUCAUAUCAUGCCACAUUCUGUCCCUGGCCUCAUGUCUCCUGGAAUAAUUCCACCAACAGGUCUGACUGCAGCUGCUGCAGCUGCUGCAGCUGCUACCAAUGCAGCUAUUGCUGAAGCAAUGAAGGUGAAAAAAAUCAAAUUAGAAGCUAUGAGCAAUUAUCAUGCGAGUAACAACCAACAUGGAGCAGAUUCUGAAAACGGGGACAUGAAUUCAAGUGUUGGCAGCAGUGGUGGUUCCUGGGAUAAGGAAACAAUGGUCUCUUCCCCAUGCCAGGGCUCUCAGGUUCCUGUUACACAUGCCCGUAUGCCUGCAGCAUAUAGCCUUCCAGUUAGCCAUCCUCUCAGCCAUCUUCAGCACAGCCACCUUCUGUCGAAUGGACUGGAACUUCCUUUUAUGAUGAUGCCCCACCCUCUAAUUCCUGUAAGCCUACCUCCAGCAUCUGUCACCAUGGCCAUGAGCCAGAUGAACCACCUUAGCACCAUCGCAAAUAUGGCGGCAGCAGCGCAAGUUCAGAGUCCUCCAUCUAGGGUGGAGACAUCAGUUAUUAAGGAGCGCGUUCCCGACAGCCCCUCACCUGCACCCUCUCUUGAGGAGGGCCGAAGGCCGGGCAGCCACCCAUCAUCGCACCGCAGCAGCAGUGUGUCCAGCUCUCCUGCCCGGACCGAGAGCUCUUCCGACAGAAUCCCUGUCCAUCAGAAUGGAUUGUCCAUGAACCAGAUGCUGAUGGGUUUAUCACCAAAUGUGCUUCCUGGGCCAAAGGAGGGAGAUUUGGCUGGUCAUGACAUGGGACAUGAGUCCAAAAGAAUGCACAUUGAAAAAGAUGAGACCCCGCUUUCUACACCAACCGCAAGAGAUGGCAUCGACAAACUUUCUCUAACUGGGCAUGGACAACCACUACCUCCAGGUUUCCCAUCUCCCUUUCUGUUUCCUGAUGGCCUGUCUUCCAUAGAGACCCUUCUCACUAACAUACAGGGCCUUUUGAAGGUUGCCAUAGAUAAUGCCAGAGCUCAAGAAAAACAAGUCCAACUGGAAAAAACAGAGCUGAAGAUGGAUUUUCUAAGGGAAAGAGAACUAAGAGAAACACUGGAGAAGCAGCUGGCCAUGGAACAAAAGAACAGAGCCAUUGUCCAAAAGAGGCUAAAGAAGGAAAAGAAGGCGAAGAGAAAACUGCAGGAAGCGCUGGAGUUUGAGACCAAACGUCGUGAGCAAGCUGAACAGACUCUGAAGCAGGCGGCUUCAGCAGAGAGUCUCAGGGUCUUAAACGAUUCCCUGACCCCAGAGAUAGAAGCUGACCGGAGCGGCGGAAGAACAGAUGCAGAAAGGACAAUACAAGAUGGAAGACUGUAUUUGAAAACUACCGUCAUGUACUGAAUCUUUCCUGUUGAAGAAACCCAUCCUUUACUACAGAACUCUGGAAUCAGAUAUUCAUCAUUGAGAAGUUCAGGAAAACAAAACUUAAGAAGUCCAUAAAAAGGAACUUCUUCAUAUUGUGUGUUAACGAUCCUUAACAUUUAAGUAUUCCACAAAAGCAGAAAAGUUUCCGCCAUUGAUUUUCCUCCUGUGGCUCAUACCAGAGACUGAGAAUGUUUCUAACUGUGCACACAUCAAACUUCCAUCAGUUAACAACUCACCUGUGCUGCUGGACACUUGUGCACAGAGUUAAAGAUGGGUCUGAGGAAGACCUAGCUUUGGUUUGCUUUCUGUUUGUUCUUCUUCAUGGAAUGAACCAUUUUUCCUCUUCUGAAAAUUCUGUAACUGAGCGCAUCAACAGACUUUGUCACGGUGUUCACUUAGACUUACAGUACUGUGUCCCACAGAAACCAGCAAGAUUACAUGGGAUGAAGUUGGAAGGGCCAUCGAGGAUUUGGUUGGCAAUGAGAGAAUUGAGAGCAUUCUGUUACAUUCUAUUUUAAACUCUGUAAUUGACGAUUUUCUCCUGAAGACUUUUUUCAUAUACUUUCUGAAAGACCAACAAAUAUAUGUUAACAACUCAAUGAAAUUACAUUUUGCAUAUCUGAAACAGAAGCAUUGAGUAUAAGCCAAAAGGUUUCACUGAUGGUCUCUUUUUCUUAAAGAUUAAAAAAAUAUAUAAAAUAUAUAUAUAUAAAUAUAACAUGUUUUCAUUCCAAACUGGUAGUGAUAUAUAGGAUUAAAAAUAAUAACAUUGCUUCUUACUCAUGUUGGUCACAUGUACAGUAUAUAAACAUAAAACACACAGGAAGGUAUUAUGUAUGCAGUAGUAUACUAGCGUUUAGGAAAUGAAAAUUUUAGAAAAUAUGUUUUGUCACCCUGUUGGUCAGAAAGAUGUCUUUCUGGUUUUAACGCAUGCAGGCAUGUAAAUAUUUGUCUGGAGUCACAGUAUUAAUGAAUGAGAUCUUAUGAGUCUGGUGACAUCAGAACUCUGUGCCAGUCACUUUUAUUUGUAUAUUGAUCCCUAGUGAGUGCACCAAACUUCACUACAGAGGAUGAAUUGUGGCUGACCAGUAAAUCAGAACACCAGAGAUAUUUUUAUAUUUUAAUGUCAUAUUAUGUUAAUGUUGCUAAAAACAAAACUUAACAAGCCCUUGGUGUAUUGGUCCAAUACCAUGUAGCCCCGAGUGAUGAAGUUAAACUGUGCUGUGCUUCCCGCCCUGUUGAGAGGGAAGGGUGGCUACGUGUUAUUUUUAUUGUCUUUUUGAAAGUUACAGUAUGUGUUUUCACAUUUGUGCAUAUAACUGGAAGUAAAGCUGCAAACAGUGCUAUUACAUGCUAAAGUUACCUUUGUUUUUACACAAUGGGAGUGAUACUUCUAAAGACACGUGAAUCAGUGUGUCAUAUUAAAAUUUUAUAACAUUUUUAUUACCAUAAAACAACAAAGUAAUAAGUCUAAGGAAGCUAGCUUCAAUGUUUAAAGACAGUUCUGGUUGGAUAAACAUUAUUUUACUAAGAAAAAAAUUCCUUGUUUGGAUACUGUGUCACUAAGCUUCUGUACUUUUUAGGUCUUCCUUGCAGUUCUGAAACAUUACUAAUUCUUGGCUGUAACUUGCUAUUAACCGGUUAAGUCCAUUUUUAAUACUACAAAGGGUUAUAUGUACAGUUCUUCUUUUAGCUUGCUUUGAAAGGGAGUAAUAUUUUAAUUUAAAAUAUUGUUAGUAACUGCUUUGUAGAAACUUGGUUUGCUGAGCAUAAUUUUCCCAUGAUCAUGCUUUGUUGUUUGAGGAAAAGAGAUUCUAUUCCUGCUUACCUGUAUCUUUUAUUUGUUUUUCCCUACAUACAGCUGUUAAAAGAUUACAACACAUAAAUUAGAUGUACUUACACUAAGCUCUGGAGUCAUGUAUUAACAGACAUUUCUGUAAGCCUACAAUUUACAUAGGUAGUAGAGUUGGCUAUUGUACUUCUCCUGGCCUAGAGUCACCUAUUAAGUGGGGUAAAUCAUUUUAAAGUACAUACAAAAGACCUCUGAGAAUGCUUUGGUGUUUGGUUAAAAAGGAAGUUUUAGAAGAAAUUAAGACAAAUGCUGUUCGCUGUAUGUUGAGACUCUUAUUAACCUGUUGUAAAUAUUACAAUUCACAAAAUGUUAUUGUAAGUUUGUAACUUAAUUUUCCCCUUUUUAGUUAAACAGGUUUGUUUAGAAAUUUGUGUUUUGGUUUAAGCAAGUAAAAUUGUCUCCAUUUUAUGGUUUCCAUGCUUUUGUAAUCUUACAAAUAUUAACGUCUUGUUGUUCUAUAUUAUAACCAUAUUUGCGCUCUAUGCAAGCCCUUGGAACAGAACAUACUCAUCUUCAUGUAGGACCUAUGAAAAUUGUCUAUUUUUAUCUAUAUAUUUAAAGUUUUCUAAAAAUGAUAAAAGGUUAUUACGAAUUUUGUUGUACAAAAUCUGUACAAAAAUCUGUUUUUACAUCAUAAUGCAAGAAUUGGAAAUUUUUCUAUGGUAGCCUAGUUAUUUGAGCCUGGUUUCAAUGUGAGAACCACGUUUACUGUUAUUGUAUUUAAUUUUCUUUUUCUUUUCAACAAUCUCCUAAUAAAAAUGUCUGAAAUCGC